AUGGCGGGAAAACAUGCAUACGGCACCUUUCGACGUCGACGCCAGAUUUCAGACGUGGAAGCUGCCUUUAACCUCUCGAACAACUCUGCAGCAAAAGACUCUAGCUCGAGCGCCCGGAAAGAGAUUCAACUCAGUAAUCAAGCAAACGUAGGGCUCAUAGUGGCGAAAAAAUCCUCUGAUAAACCCCUGGACAGGAGAGAAGCCGACUUUUUCGAGAAAUUUCAACGGAAAUGGGAGAACCCUCAAUACCCUUAUUGCCUCUUUCUUUGCUACGACAAGGGUAGCAGAGAUCAAAGGACGGUACCAGUACUGGUCCAAGAUCCGGAGGACGAAAAGCGGAUCUAUAUAGAUUUGAGUCGGACCUGGUACGGAAAGUAUGGCUGGUGGUCGAGAUACGUUCCGUUCUACGGUUUAAUAAGUCUAGACGAAGUCGAGUUUCGCUUCUUAAGAGAGCAAGACAAUGACUACUCCGUCAUCAUUCAGGAGCUGGAUCUCUUCAAAGUCAAAGAAGAACUCAAGCACGAUCUGGAAAUUGCCGAAGGGGUAGUCGGUCAUACCGAAGAUCCUUCGUACCCUAUACCAUGUUAUGAAGACGCCGCUGAUGGACAUUGGAUUCACGAUCCUAAAUGCUUAGCCCCAAGUGGAGCGUUAACAUGCGGCUACCAUAAGAGACAGGAUUGCGAACGAAGGCGCGAUAGACUAGAAUUACGAUCAUUGCUACUUUUAUGCUUUGAGGACCCGGGGAAAGCUGUUGACCAGAGAACGUUGGAAGGCAUGGCCAAUGGUGGUUGCAUCUACAGAGUCUCCGAAAUCGGAAACUACCAAUUUCAUCGAUCACGUGUGGCAGAACGCACUUUCCGAGGCUUGAUGAUUCGCACUGGCUGGAAGUUGAAGCGGCUCGAUACUAGCACAGUAGCAUUGAUGAUUGUCAUGUUGUGGAAGGUGACGGGAGGUAGUUGGGAAGCAGCUUUCGCCGCCGGUGCAUUCUACAUCAUGCUUGUGAACCUAUCGCCGAUGGUUCGGAAGUAG